UCAGCACUUUUCCCGUUUAACUCAAAUCUUUUCGUCACUUGAAACUUUGCGGCAAAAUGGAGCUUGUCAAGUUAUCACAAUUCAAGAUCCAGCUUCAUGCCCUAAUUUCCGAGUUUCGCGAUCUGAAAGUAAAGUACUUCUUGAACCCAAAUUUUCGUAUUCCCGAAAUCCUCAUUUUGUUAGCAUUUAAACUUUCGUAGGUAAGAGAACGCCAUGCUUCUGAGCAGCUCCAGCUUAUGAUCCAGAAUCAAAAGCUAGCCGAGGAAGAAUUCAACGGGAAAUUGGCUGCAGUAAACGCGGAACUGUAUUUGUCGAAUGAGCUAAGUCAGAAGCUAGACAGAAAGCUGAGAUGGCUACAAAAUGACAAUGAUAUGCUUGAGAGCCAGCUGAAAGAGAUGAAGGGAACCAUAAACAGCAUUCUUGAAUCCAGAGACAGUUUCAUUAAGGCUUAUGAGUUUCUGCCACUUUAAGUUUGCAGGGUUCUACUUGUGAAAUGCAACGGGCUAUUGAAUCCAGAGAUAGAAAAAUUGAUAUCCUUUCCGAAAAGAUAAAAGCUCACUCCAUGUGGUUUGCUUCAAUUGAAAAGGAGGCUUCCUCCAUCAGGCAAAUAGUCGAUGAUGCACAUAGUGUUCUGAUUGCAAGAGAGGAAGUAGUUGUUGAGUUAAGGAGUAAAGUUGAUGAGGUUUCAACACUUGAGACACUGUUUCUAGGAAGGAUAAAUAACCUGGAAAGAGAAUUGAGGAACAAGGAACUCGAGGUUAGGAAAAGGGACAAAACUAUUCUGAAUCUGGAGUGGCAACUUGAGGCAGCAAAUCUAAAAAGGGACUUCCAACCAAAGAUUGAGGAGCUUCAGCAAGAUCUGUCAGUGAAGGAACUAAUUAUUCAGAACUUAGUGUCACAGAACAAGGAGUUACACUUUGAAGUAGCCGCUUUAGGUGUGCUCAUGAAGAAGAUACAGGAUGGUCUCUCAAGUAUGAGUGAAGGGGACAGAAAGAUUUUCACUUCUGUGUUUGAACAUCAAGAGAAUGUUACUAUUGGAAAGGAAGAGGAAGCUUUAAGUAAUAUUCAAGGCCUGAGGGAGAAAGGUGAAGCUCAAAAUGAAAAAGGAAACAUUCAAGACAAGUCUUUGGUCACAGAGGAAACCACGACUCUGCCUGAAUUUGAAGAUGGUAAGAACUCAUUGAAGAAGGUUGGGGAACUCGAUUCCUUUGCAUCUGAGUCUGUUGGCUCUUCUUCUUCUGAAUCAGCAAACCAGGAGCUGCUGAAAAUCCAUUAAACUCGCCAAGAGGUUAUAUGUGGAUUUCCACACCACAGUAGGCAGGCCUGUCAUCUAAACAUGCUGUGCUGAUAAAUAGCGAAGAUAACAGAAGCUUCGUCCGACAUGGAGAUUUUAUAGGUGCAAGCGGGUUGAUGAUAAUUAUUAUUGUUGUUGUUGUUAUUAUUAUUAUUAUUAUUACUAUUAUUAUUAUUAUUAUUAUUAUUAUUAUUAUUAUUAUUUAUGUUAUUAUUUUUCAUUCUAUUGUUAUGAAUACAUUUCGGGAGAAGG